UUUACUUACUAUGAGGACUUUGACGGACUUCGACCCAGGCUUCUAGCUUAGUUAGAGUAGCGUCCCUUUUACAAGAUGUCUGCGCCCAGGAGGACUUCAUUUUAAUUUUUGCAUAGAAGAAAUUUUUAUUUUACAUUGACUGGCAUUGAGUAAAAUGGAAGCUCUUGGAUCAGUCCAGCAGAAAGUGUCUUGUGUGUUUGAGACAACAGUGUUGAAUGAGCAGUCAACUAAACGGGAAAAUCAGUUUUACAAGGUUGUUGCAUCAGAGAGGAUCAAACAGAAGGCUAUAGAUAAUGAUAUUCAUACAGCUCUAGUCACUGAGAAACUGGAUGGAACCUGUGUCUAUAUUUCACAGUUUGAAGGCAAACCAUGGCUAUGGGCAAGGUAUGACAGAAAACCAACAAAAGGGGCUGAGAAAAGGUUCAAGAAAUUUCAACACCAGAAACAGAAACAACAGGGGUCAGAUGACAGGUCGAACAGAGCUAGUCAGUUUCAAUGGGACAUGGAUAAAGACUUUAAGGAAACACCGGAAUACUGGAUCCCAGCUUCAGGAGUUGAGAUCGUAGCUGGAUCUCCUGUACCAGAUGAUAUAGGUCACACUUCAGGCUGGGUACCAGUUAGUCCAUCAUCAAGACAACAAUGCUGGCACCUGUCAGCAGUAGAUCUGAACCUUGGUCUGGCCCUUGUACUAAGGGAGAUAGAUGACAGUGAUGAACUGUGUAUAGAUUGUCUACACAUGUCAGAACUAGAGGGACACACAGCAGAACUUGUUGGGACCAAUAUAAAUGGAAAUCCAUAUGGAAUUGGUAGUAAGAAGUUCCCCAUCCAUUUCUUGGUAAUACACGGGUCACUUAGGAUCAGAACUCCACCAGAAAUCCAGAUGAUGGCAAUUAAAAACUGGUUUCAAAAUGAGGUUCAAGUUGAAGGACUUGUUUGGCACUGUGCCAAUGGUACUCUGUUUAAGCUUCAUCGCAACCAUGUUGCAUUACCAUGGCCAGUAGAAUCACCAACCUUGACCAGACAGCGUGUAUCAGUUGCCGUGGAUACCACAAAAUACGAGUUAGACAACAAUGACAGUUUGAUAGCACAGUUUGGAAAAGUGUACGGUCAUACAUGUGAAUCUGUGAAAGACUUGAAAAAUUUAUUUAUGUCAGAGGAACAUGUCUCAACUGGGGUCGGUCCUCAGGAACAGAUUGGUUCCCAGACAAAAAUUAAUGUUACCAUGUCUUAGCAAAGGGAAUUUAUUUUGUAAUAUGUUUUGUAUUGUUAUAUCUUAUUGUUGUCAAGGUUGAUACUAAACAGGCCUUGGAUUUUUCAGGACUUGUCUAGUUUUCAGGCUCUUUGGCAGACAGAAUUUCCCUAUAUAAUUCAAUAAAAAGAAAAGAAAAUUUCAUGCUUUAAAAUGUAGAUUUUCAGGUUUUUGUUUUUAGCUCAAUGCCCGUCAUCCGUCUGUCAACAUUUUCUAAAAUAAAAUCUUCUUUUUGAAAACCAUUGGACAGAUUUACACCAAACUUCACAGGUAUGAUCCUUGGGUGGCCCCCUUCCAGAAUUGUUCCAAAAAUUGAAUUCUACACAGAACUGUGGUUGCAAUGAUAACCGAAAGAAAAAAAAUAUUAAAAAUCUUCUUGUCCAAAACUGCAGUGUGUAGAGCCUUGAUAUUUGGCAAGUGACAUCAUCUAUUAGUUCUGUAUGAAGAUUUUUCAAAUUAUGCCCCUGGGAUAAAAAGAGGCCCCACCCUGGGGAUCCCAAAUUUUACAUUGACUUAUAUAAGAAAAAACUUUAAAAAUCUUCUCGUCUAAAACUGCAAGGCAUAGAGCCUUGAUAUUUGGCAUGUGACCUCUAUGAAAUUUGUUCAUAUUAUGCCCCUUGGUGAAAAGAGGCCCCACACCGGGGGUCCCAAGUUUUACAUAGACUUACAUAGGAAAAAACAUUAAAAAAUCUUCUUGUCAUAAACCACAAGACCUAAGCCUUUGAUAUUUGGUAUGUAACAUUGCCUUGUGGUCCUCUACCAAGAUCGUUCAAAUUGCUACCCUGAGGUUUAAAGAGGUCCGGGAAUCCCAAGAUUUACAUAGACUUAUAUAGGAAGAAACUUUAAAAAUAUUCAUGUCUAAAAUUGCAAGGCCUAGACUUUUGAUAUUUGGUAAGUUUCAUUGCCUAGUGGUUUUCUACCAAAACAUGUUCCAAUUAUUCCCCUGAGGCGAAAAGAGGCCCUGCUCUUGGGGUCCCAAGUUUUCAUAGACACAUUGAAACAAAAUUAAAAAACUUUUGUUGUCUGAAAGUUCAAGGCCUAGGCCUUUGAUAUUUGUUAUGUAGCAUUGCCUGAUGGAUUGCUGACAGGUUUGUUCAAAUUAUCCCCCUAGGGUGAAAAGAGGUCCCGCCCCGGGGAUCACUUGUUAUAUAAGUUAUAUUGGAAAACUACUUCAAAAAUUAUCAGAUCAUAUUUCCUAGACUGUUCAAUUAUAAUUACCUGAUGACCCCAAGUGAUAAGGGUCGCUUAACUAUGACCUUGACCAACUGACCUACUGUCUUGUUUUUUAAUAUACAGCCUUGAAAUUCGGAUGACAUGUACAGUUUUGCACACCGAUCUUAAAACUGACUUUCAGUGACCAUAAAUGUGACCUACUGACCUUCUUUCUUAAUAUUUUAGCAUCAUGUUGGCUUUUGAAACCUCUAGCUCAUAUCACUCAGGUGAGCGAUCCAGUGUCAUCAUGACCCUCUUGUGACCCGGGCCUGUAACUUAUAUGGCUACAGAAAAACUCUGUAUUCAUGUGGAAAUCUUCUCUUAUUUGCAUUACACAAUAAUUGUCUUUGUUUCAGUGAACAUGAAGUUGAAAGUAUUUCUUGCUGUAAAAGACUAUAGGUUCACUCCCAGCCAGCAUGACUAUAUCGGCCCGAUAUAGGUAUAAUGUCGGAAUGUCGGCAAAAUGUGCCGAUGUAGGGCCGUUUGUGAAUGAGUGAGUGAGGUUUUACGGCGAAUCAACACAAAAUGAUCAAAUAUCGCCGAGAUCGGACCGUUGAACUGCCGCAAAAUAUUGAAAUUGGUAGAUCGACAUCAAUCAGUGUAACCGUUUCGUAAGUCGGAUUGACAUCGGGCCGAUAUUGGAUUCUCUAAUAUAGCUAUAUUUUUCAAAAUAUUAUUGAUAAACGUGAAAAAGUAAUCUUAUUGUUUUUGUGUGCUAAUUUAUUAAGCAAAUAUGAUGUAUGCCAGAAUUAAUCAAACUAGGUUCCAAACAAAAUUUGUAGACGGUAUUUAUCAAAAUCUUAUAUGUAAUAAAGGGAGAUGCAUUUUUAUUUUAUGUUGAAUGCCGCCGUAGAAAUAUUUAUAUUUACAAAAAAAAAACGAAACUAUAAAUAUGUUUAAAAUUCUAAUUGAACAAUUUUGAUAGUGUUAAGAAUAUACAGAAAACUUAAGUAACUGUAUAAAACAUGUAGUAUAUUGUUGUGAAAAUAUUUUAAUAUCAAUAAAAUCAAAUAACCACCAUACACAUGAUGAAAGACACAUCUGUUCUCAAGUAAAUUACUCUGAGAAUUUAUAAAGUGUAUAUUUGAAGGAAAUUUGAUGAAACACUGCGUGUCACACUAUUUCGCGACAACGAUAUGAUCUGCUAAUAUUGGGCCGAUAUCAUUUUGAUGUUGGCCAAAUGUCGUUUGCCAAUGUCGGACCGAUGUCAUUAUGAUGUUGGCCCGAUAUCGUCUGCUGACGUCGGGCCGACAUCAUUCCUAUUUGCAGCUGAUAUCGGGCCGUUAUAAACAACGACGUCGGUUUGAUAUCGGGCCGAUAUAGAAUGCUGGCUGAGCUUUAACAUGCAUUUUACCUAUGUUUUGAAAUGGACGGAAUACUUUACUUGUACAAAAUUACUAUAAAUUCCAUAUAAAUACCACCAUACAGAUAAAUAAAAAUACAGCAUGUACCGUACUGAUAAAUAUCAAAGGGAAAUUGCAUAUUUCAUAGUCUAGCUUUUUGAAAUAUUGUUUUUAUCUGUUUUUAAUUGAAGAUGUAAUAAAAUACUUGUUUAAA